AUGAAUUCAAUGUUUAUAUCAUUUGAAUGUAUGAAAAGUCAACACAAAUAUAGACUUAAUUUGUUUUAUCAAAACUCUAAACAGUUUUUUGGUUUAUUUGGCGCCAAAAGUAUCACUCAUUUGAUAGAAACGAAAAUAUCUGAAGAAAUCAUUGAUGACAUGGCAUCACAUCAAGUGAUUCAUCAGAUAUUCAAAGACAAAAGGAGUCUACUCUUUGAGAUACUCUAUAGUCUGGAGGGAAUUGACGGCGAUUUGGUGGACAAAGUGGUGGACAAUCAACACAUGAAUCGAUGCAAACAAUUUGAUUGGUCUGAGAGUCAAAUGAAUGGAUCAAUUGGUUUAUCAGAAAUCAAUUUAAUUGAUAUUUUACUCGUGUUGUCAAACAAUUACUUAAUUAUUACUAAAUUUAUCCGACACUUUGGUUCAGACGCCAACCCAUAUAAUCGACAAUUGGCUCAAACUAUGGAUAAACUGAUGACUGAUUACAGAAAUGAUUUAAUUGAAGUGGAAAUGGAUUUACACAGAGAUAUCGAUUACUCUUUGAUUAAAUUCAACAAAUUUUUGAAAUAUUGCCAAACAUUUGAUUUUCUUCAUCAUAUUAUAAAUCAAUUUAAUAAGAGUCCGCAAUCGUUUGCUACAACUCUCGACUUUCUUAAAGACAAUUCUUUGUCAGGAUUUUCUCAGAUACAGAAAUGCGCAAAAAUGAUUUAUGAAAAUAGUGAUACUUUGUAUUCAGACAUCUGGUCGUGGAUUAUGUUUGGGUUUUUAAGUCAUAAAACUGAUAAUUACUUUUUUAUUAAAGAAGAUAAUAAUAAGACAGUGCUUGAUAUGAGUCGUGUUCCACCGUUUAUGAAACCAGAAGACGCCAACAAAGUUCAUCAGAUCGGAGAAAGUGUUCGUUUGGCUCAAAGUCGCGGCAUUCCGUUCAUAUAUAAAGAAAGAGUAAAUGAAAUGUUUGAUCGCUUUAACGACAUGAAGAAUAAGUCAUCAACUGAUAAGAAUUCUUUCACACAAUUCAUCGAAUUUGUCCGACAAAUCGUUUCAGAGGAGAAUUGGAAAUAUGUAAUGAAUGUGGAAAAACUGAAACACCAUUUGAAGACAAUAAAGAGUUUUUAUUUAAUGGCAAACGACAACUUCUGGUCGUGUUUUGUGUCACACAUUUCGUUAAUUGAAUUGAAUGGUCAUAAACGCUACCGAAUAGAUGUUGAGACAGCUUUUCAAAAGACAUUGCAUCAGGUCUUCAAUGAGAAUGAAGUCAAUGAAGUUUUAUCUAAUUUUUCUAUCGUUACAUCUGAAGAACCAAAAGAUUACACAAUUUCAUUAAAUUACAAAAUACCGACUUAUCUUCAAACUAUAAUUUCAAACCUAUGUUUUGAUAAAUACAACAAAAUAAUGUCAUUUAUGCUAAAUAUCUAUUUAUUGCGUUACCAAUUGAACCAAAUUUGGCUCAAAAUUAUUAAAUGUAAAACAAGAGGCACUUACUUAUCAUCGGUUCAGUUAAAAGCAUUAACUCUAAGGAAUUCGCUUUCAUAUAUGAUAAAUGCUUUUUUCUAUUAUUUUAAAGUAUUACAAGUCGAUGUCAUUGAACGUCAUUUUCGAUGUUUUACCGACAAAAUAGAGAAAACGCGUGAUAUCGAAGACAUUCAAAAAGAUCACCAAAUAUUGUUAUCAGACAUUAUCGGACAGUUAUUCCUGAAAACUUCUGUGAUAUACAAAUGUUUAGAACAACUCUACUCUUUAUGCGAACAAUUGAAGACAAAUGACAACAAUGAAGAGGCACUAAAUUCACUGAUUGAGAGCUUUGACCGAUUAAAAGUACAAAUCUAUCAUUUGUUGGCAAACUUGGAAACAUAUAAAACAAACCAAAUGCUAUCGAAACUUGUGGUAGAAUUGGAAAAGUGUUCCAAACAAGAGAUCCUUUUCAGUUAA